CAAGAAAUAUCCCCCGCAAAACAAGCACACACCCUCAGCUGGAUCUCUGCUUUCCGAAAGAUAUGGAAGUACAACAGAGCAAGCUGGAGUUUUUCUGCAAGCUGGGCUACAGCAAGGAACAAGUGGGCAAGGUACUGGAGAAGCUAGGCCAAGAGGCCUCUGAAAACGAUUUACUGCAAGAGCUGAUUCAGAUGGGCAGCAGCAGGAUUCAGGAACCUGAGAACUGGAUGCAUCAGUUUCACUGCAAGCCUAGAGAUCAAGCAUCAGGCACAGUCCUGCCUAUUUCUCUACCGUCUGUUGCCACGGCCCUGAGACCCAUUGUGAUUGAUGGCAGCAAUGUCGCCAUGAGCCAUGGAAAUAAAGAAGUGUUUUCAUGCAUGGGGAUUCAGCUGGUGGUGGACUGGUUCAAGGACAGAGGUCACAAGUACAUCAAAGUCUUUGUCCCUUCUUGGAGAAAGGCACCAGCAAGAUUUGAUAAUCCUAUUACAGAUCAGCACAUCCUUGAGGAACUUACAAACCAAGCAAUUCUUGUAUAUACACCAUCCCGCAAAAUGAAAGGCAAGAGGAUGGUGUGUUAUGAUGACCGUUACAUUGUCAAGCUGGCAUAUGAGCAAGACGGGGUCAUAGUUUCCAAUGAUAACUUUCGGGACCUGCAGAACGAAAAUCCUGAGUGGAAAUGGUUUAUCGAGCAGCGACUACUCAUGUAUUCCUUCGUCAAUGACAUAUUUAUGCCUCCUGAUGAUCCCUUGGGCCGACAUGGACCUUCUCUUGCCAGUUUUCUGAGCAAAAAGCCGCUGAUCCCUGAACCAAAAUGGCAGCUCUGCCCUUACAGCAAAAAGUGUACAUACGGAAACAAAUGUAAAUUUUACCACCCAGAAAGAGUUAAUUGUGAUCAGAUCUCGGUGGCUGAUGAACUUCGAGCAAAGACAAAGUCCUAUUCCCUUACUCAGAGCUCAGAGGAAGAAAAGAUGAGGACAAACGCUACAGAAAACAGAGAUAGGAACACGUUCAGUUCAGUGGGAUCUGGAGGGAGUUGUGCUAUUGGCAGGAAAAGAAUCUCAGCACACAGCUUUGUGGAACUUCACACUAAUCCUCCACAGUGGAAAGAUGGCAACAGGAAUUCAACAAGUGACUGGCCAAGCAUAUAUCAAGGCAGCUGGCAACCCGAAGCAUCUGCACGACACGAAGGUCAAGACAAACAUACAGGACCCAUACUGAACCAACUCUAUGCAUUGUCUCUUAGCUCCCAGAAGUAUUCUGGAUAUACACUUACAAGACCUGGUAAAUAUGAAGACAACCUGGAUGAUCAACAUAAGGUUCACCAACUCAAACACAAUUCACCUCUGCCUCAUCAUAGCCAAUGUCUGGAGUGCCCAUGCUUACAAAGAUGUAAUUUCCAUGGAUUAGGUGUCUGCCAAGAUGGGAAACUAUUAGGGCUGAGAUCACUUUCACAAGUUUGCAGGAUGCAAACACCAACUGGGCAACUGCCCAAAAUAACUGGUUUUGUAAGACAGGGUCUGAAGGGCCAACCUGAAGGACAACACAGCUUGAUAACUUCUUCAACCAACCAGUUUUCAUACAACGAUCAUGGAGAUAUGCAAUAUGCUAGAAAUUUGCAGACCAGAUCUUAUGACCAAUCACACUGGCUGGACUUAAGCCUGUUCAGAGCAGGAGAGUUUUCUAUCCAUUCUUCUGAUACAAAGUCUGAGCAGAACAUGUCUGUAAACUCACUUUAUGGGGAGCAAUCUCAUAUUCAACAAGCUACCUGCUUUUCCUGCCCACACAAACUUUGUCCUCCUUAUACAUUAAUGUUUUAAUAACUGCCAGUGGCUUAUGCUGCUUGCUGGUGGACCUGCCCUCUGUUGGGGCAAGUGACCCACACCACCUUUAGCAGUGGAUUUCCCCCCCCACACACACACCUUUGGAUGGGGCUGUUAGUCCUGUUUUUAAAGUGUUUUGAGAUUACAUUCUUGCACUAUUGUAGUAUUCACAUAUAAGCUGCCUUGAAGGAUGUAAGGCAGAACAUACAUCUUUAACAUAAUUAUAUUUAUAUAUAAGGAGCACAUUUGAUAUAAGAGUUCUUCUAUAUUCAAAUUGGGAAAAAUAGCAGAGUAGCAGAGAAAUAUUUUAUGGACUUCAAUAUUAUCAAGAUAAUGUUUUCAACAAUAAAUGUGUGGCUAAAUAAUAUUAUAAUUAGCCCUGUUUUCUUAUUUCAGAAACACAAAAUCAGCUUGAACAAUGCUGUUUUAUCUGUGAUGUUUGCAAUCUAAACUUAGUUUGCUUCAGACUCUCAUAACUAACAGUCUCUUAUGUGUCUCCACAUGUUCAAGCAGCAGAAGAAAAACAUGUAGCCAUAUUUAAAGGUGAGAACUUUUUAAUGAAGUAGGAAGUUGUUUGAACACAGUUCAUCAAUUAAAACACCAAAUAAAUCUGUACAUGCAUGAC